ACUCCCUGUCACACAGCCGCCGCUCCGCCCAGGGCCGCAGGUUCAGCGGGCGUUACGUAGCUGGGCGGCUCGGGGUGGGGUGUGGAGAGAGGCCGGGGUGGGUGAGCGACCAGAACGGGUGCAGUAAGCGGCACUGGGAGGAAUAAGAUGGGCAGAGCUGCUCCCGGUCUGUCCUCCGCCCAGGCCGAGUAGAAGAAGACAGCUGACAGGACUCGGGGCGCCGCUGACAGCUAGGCCCAGGAGCCAUGGAGAUAAACGAGCAGAAUGGAAAACUAUCUGCUGAGGUUGAGCCAUUCGUUCCUCAGAAGAAGGGGGCUGAAGCCAUUACAAUCCCAAUGUCUAUUUCUGGCGAUGGUGGAAAUGCAGGUGGUCUGGAAGCUACUCCUAUUCCAAGCUACCUUAUAACCUGCUACCCAUUUGUACAGGAAAAUCAAUCUAAUAGACAAUUUCCAUUAUACGUAAAUGAUGUAAGAUGGCAACAGUCUAGCUCAAACCCUCCUGGGCCAUAUCUUGCUUAUCCCAUUGUUCCUACACAACCGCCUGUUUCCACGGACUACAUGUACUACCAACUGAUGCCAGCACCUUGUGCUCAAGUCAUGGGAUUUUACCAUCCUUUUCCCACUACCUACACCACUCCAGUUCAAGCAACAAACCCUGUUAAUGCAAUCUCUAUCGACUGUAAUGACCGCACAAACCAACAAGCUCAAAUCAGUGUGUUAUCCAGUCAGCGGAGCAGAAAUGCCACCAGGCCACCUAUUAUCCACAAGCAACCACAACAAUUAAUGGCACAAUUAAAAUGCAAGAGGCCUCCCAUGAAAAGUGUUGCUGUACAAAAGGAAUCUUGUUCAUCUGUAAGAGACACUCGCUCAAAGAUUGUUCUCUUGGUGGAUGCUUGUCAGCAAACAGAUUUUCCAAGUGAAAUUGCCAACAAAUCUCUCUCUGAAAGUAUUGGUGGAACACCCUGGAAAACAAAAGCAAGACGCAGACGGUCCUCUCACCCUGCUGCAGAAUCGUCCAGUGAGCAGGGCGCAAGUGAAGCAGAUAUUGACAGCGACAGUGGGUACUGCAGUCCGAAACACUGCCAGGCAGCUGCAAUGUGUUCAAGGCACACAGAAUGUACUGCUUCUGCUGUCAGCAUUGCAGAACCAGCAGUAUGCACAGCUGGGGGAAACUGGACAAUUGUGGCUUCCCAGGCCACCCAGAAAAGACCUUGGAAUGAGAAAAGUCCAGCUUUUUCUAGAGGGGGCAGACAGGCUGAACUACGAAAUAAUCAGCUUGGAUAUCGUAUGAGAGGUCAGAGUACAUCAUCCGAAAGAAGACAGAAUAUCCAGAGGAAGCAGGACAAUAAAACAGGGACCAUAGCUCAGUUGAACAGAACAGAUCAAAGUCCUGAACAACUCUUUUUUGAGGAUGAAGAUGAAUUUCCAGAAUUAAACAGCAGCAGCGGGAGUUCUAGAAAUGAAAACCCUCAGCCAAAGAUAGCAGCUAAAGUGUUGGAUGACUUACCUGACAACUCCCCCAUUAACAUCGUUCAGACCCCAAUCCCCAUCACUACUUCCGUACCAAAGCGUGCUAAAAGUCAGAAGAAGAAGGCUCUUGCUGCUGCAUUGGCUACAGCCCAGGAAUACUCUGAGAUUAGCAUGGAGCAGAAAAAGCUCCAGGAAGCCUUAUCCAAAGCAUCUGGGAAGAAGAGCAAGACUCCUGUACAGCUAGACCUAGGGGAUAUGCUAGCAGAACUGGAGAGACAGCAACAGGCUAUGAAGGCUCGUCAGAUCACAAACACCAGACCGUUGUCCUACACUGUUGGUAGUGCGGUCCCAUUUCACACCAAAGAACACACAAACAGAAAUGUAUUCACAAAGGCGCAGACACUGGUGGGUUCUCCAAACCCUUUGGACUCCACUGCUCCAAGGGUCAAGAGGGGAAAAGAAAAAGAAGUUCCAAAACUAAAACGUCCAACUGCACUUAAAAAGAUUAUUUUGAAAGAAAGGGAAGAAAAGAAAGGACGUUUAACAGUGGAUCAAAGUGUUCUGAGUUCAGAUGAGCAAAAAGAUAUCCCUUUAAGUUUUGCUGAUGAUCAGUCUGAGGAGUUGGCUUCACAAGAAGAGGCACAAAGUGAUACCUCACUGUCCCCAGCAAGUCAGAACUCCCCCUAUUGCAUGACUCCUGUAUCUCAGGGCUCCCCAGCAAGUUCCGGCAUUGGCAGUCCCAUGGCCUCCUCUGCCAUUACCAAAAUCCACAGCAAGAGGUUCAGAGAGUACUGCAAUCAAGUUUUAAGUAAGGAAAUUGAUGAAUGUGUGACUGUGUUACUGCAAGAACUGGUCAGCUUCCAAGAGCAAGAGUAUACGAAAGACUCCACAAAAGCCAAGUUAAAGAGGAGACUUGUUAUGGGUCUGCGAGAAGUCACCAAGCAUAUGAAGUUAAAUAAGAUAAAGUGUGUUAUUAUUUCUCCAAACUGUGAGAAAAUACAGUCAAAAGGUGGACUGGAUGAGGCCCUCUAUAAUGUUAUAGCUAUGGCCAGAGAGCAAGAAAUUCCCUUUGUUUUUGCACUGGGAAGAAAAGCGCUGGGGCGCUGUGUAAACAAACUGGUGCCUGUCAGUGUUGUGGGGAUCUUCAGCUACUCUGGCGCCGAGAGUUUAUUUAAUAACCUGGUUUCGCUGACGGAAGAAGCUAGGAAGGCGUAUAAAGAUAUGGUGGCAUCUAUGGAGCAGGAGCAAGCUGAGGAAGCUUUGAAGAAUGUUAAAAAGGUUUCACACCACAUGGGUCAUUCUCGCAACCCCUCUGCAGCCAGCGCAAUUUCAUUCUGCAGCGUCAUCUCUGAGCCUAUUUCGGAAGUCAAUGAGAAGGACUACGAAACAAAUUGGAGAAGUAUGGUAGAGACAUCAGAUGGGGUUGAAGCCUCAGAAAAUGAAGACUGUUCUGUGAGGACGAUGGCUGCAGAGCACACAAUCAAUUCUCAGCCUGAUAAAAGCAAUGUCCAUAAACCACUACUGACAGCACUUGAUGUGAUUACCUCUGUUUCGAAACCCAGCAAGGUCAUUUCUAUUGACAAAGAAGAGGUAAAGCCAGAUGACAAUUUGGAAUGGGCUUCCCAGCAGAGUACUGAAACUGGAUCAUGGGAUGGAAGUGGAAGAGAUGUCCUCAAUUCUUCCAUUAUAAGUACAACUAGCACUUUGGUGCCAGAAAUGCUAGAGGAUGAUGAUGACGACGACGAGGAGGAAGAUGAUGAUGAGUAUCACCAGGAACCUACAACAGUCAGCAGGAUAGAGUCUUGGGUGUCAGAGACCCAGCGAACUAUGGAAACCCUGCAACUUGUGAACAGCCCAGAGGAAGAUAACAUUGAGCAGAGUGAAGAGGAUGAUAUGGAGUCCACAGAACAAGUAGAACCAGUUUCUGAUUGCAAGGAACGGACAGCAGAAAAGCUAGCCAGAAAUGGAUCACAGAGUGAUGGAAGGCCUUUAAUAAAGGAGAGCUCUAACUCUAAUUUAAAGUAAUAUAAAAGAAAAACAAAACAAAAUGCAAAAAACUAAAACACCCCCUGCUCCAGAAACUCAGGAAUUGGUCCACUGACAGAACUUAACUAUUGGGAUAGUUGCAGCCAUUCCCAGACUUAUUUCAUCUCAAUGUUUUGCACUGUUCAAUCUGUAUUUAAUUCCAUUGAAAUUAUAUUCUUUAUUAUUAA